AAUCACUUUCGAAGGCGCCAUGUUUGUUUAGAAGCUAGCCAUGAGUUCGAAGAAGAAGAAAAGUGAUGGACGAUCUGGGGAGUUAGAGAAAGCGGAAGAAGUGUUUCAAGCUGUUAUACUUACAGAUAGUUUCAACUUCAGAUUCUUACCGAUAACUCUUGAGACACCAAGGGUAAGUGAACUCCAAAUCACAUGUUCCUCCCAGCUAAUUUUUUUUGUGUGUUUUUUUUUUGUUUCAAAAUUAAGUUUUCUUUUCCCGUUGCGGGCCCCUUGUUAUGAAGAUGUACGAUAAAACAUUCAUUUUUUUCUAUUCUGAUCUGUGAGCUGCGGAAGAUCUAAGCAGGUUCCUAUUUUCAUUGAUCUAAAUUGGAAGUAAGCCUGCUUUUGUUUGUGGGAAUAGGCCACUUGCACUAAGAGGUCACGUGACCAGUGCUUCGUUUAAACAAUGAGUUGGAAUCUUGCUGAUGCCAAAAAUUGACAGAGCACAUAAAAGUUAUCUUACACCCGAAAUUUGAGCGGAAAUGCAUUUAAGGGAGAUAUUUUAUGGGACAAAGUAGUAUGAUUUGUAUUGGCCGCCGUGUUGGAGGGCAUCAGGGUUCGCAAAUAUGCCAAAUUUGGCGUAUUUUACACCAAAAUUGUUCAGAUGACUCCAUUGAGGUUACGGAGGGAGUCACUUCGACUCCAGAAAUUUUUGGUAACAAACACAGUUUUGUCCUUACCUUUUUCGCAACAAAUACAAUUUACGUUAAGUGUAAACAUUGUAAACCUUAAUUAACUCAUCGAAAUUAAAGAGUUAUACUGCACGACAAAACAGGAAGAGGGUAAAUUACGAUCAAAGUUUACUCGAUGACCGCCAUCAUGGAUUUGAGCUUUCCACGUCAGCAGACCGCCACAGCUAAUUCUUGUAUCCCUCACGAUAGUGUAUAUGUUGUGGUUCAAUUUUAUCCCUGGUUUAAAUUUUAUUUCCCUUUGUUUGGGGUAUGGUAAUGUAUGAUAAUGAGUUUAAAACGAAGGGAAAUAAAAUUUAAACUAAGGAUAAAAUUGAACCACAACAUAUACAUGCCGGGACCAUGUGCUGGAAAGUCUGAUACAGUCAUGCUUGACUCCAAAUAUUCCAUGACUCCAAAAUUUGUGAAGCAGAAGUCACACUGACUCCACUCAUCUAUAAAAUUUGCAAACCCUGGAGGGUAUACUUUUGACCUCCAACAUGGUGGCCAAAACUACUUUAUCCUGAUAUCUUGUUAAAUGUUUGAUAGUUACGCUCAGAUGUGCUGUAAACGUUACCACAUCAUAUUUUCAACAUUUUCCGAAGUUUAAGUGCAAAAUUUGUGUUCAGAAAGAGGUAAUUUAUAAUUUUAAAAAUCACAUUUUGGUCACAUGACCUGUUAUGAACUUACUCAUUUUAAGAAAAUGGUGCGGGAUUGAAAAACCAAAUCACUAUUAGUUUGUUUAAGAUGUGACCCACUAAUCAUUUUUCGAAGGCAAAAAUCAUUUAACUUUCAUUUUCAUAAAAAUGAUGUCACAUGACCUCUUAAUGAAAAUGGCCUGUUAGGGUAUCGUUUGGGUCUUUGAUCUAUUGUUUAGUUAGCUAAUUGUACAACAUGUUGUGUUCUCCUGGGUGGAGUAUGGGUAAGUUUUUCAAAUUUCAGCUCAAGAACUGUCAUGUAAGACUAAGUCUCUUCAAUUUUAAAUGAAAAAAAAGGAAGUCAAGAAAUAUGUCAAGUAGGAUCAAACCCAGCACUCUGGGUCCACAAUCCAUCGCCCUAUCCACUAGACCACCGAGGAAUUGCUGCCCAAAAGAGUUUUAAUUUAGAUAUUCAUAGUGACAACCCUAACAAUAAAUGAAAGCUAACCAAAUCCGAGUCAAUACUUAACCCUAAUCAGUGCUUAGCCCCAAUCACUAUUUACAGUGCUUAACCCUUAUCACUACAGUCAUUGCUUAAUAGAAGCAAUUAUUUUGUAUAGGUGUCAUAAGGUGUCCAACCCCAUACUCCGCCAGGGAGUUAAUUUUUUCCUUCUGAGAGAUUCUGGUGCCCUUAUUCGGCCCUAGGAGGAGGGGGCAGGGGGGGGUGGGGAACUUGGCCUAUAUUUGGAUCUGCUGCUGGACAGUGUGUGAGUUUUUCCUAAACAGAGUAUAAAAUUUCAUGCCAGUCUGUCUGUCAAGUCUUAUAAACAGGGUAUUGCCUGCAUGAUUGAUUUGAUUCGCGUGAUGAAAUUUGUUUGUACUGCAAGUAUACAGAAGCAAUGACUGUAACAUGGAUUUGUUCUAUUGCAAUAAUUUCCAGUUAGUGGCUUUAAAAACAGAAUGAAAAAACAGGAAAAAAUUUAUAUAAACAUUAAAUUUAUGCAGGCACUCCACUCAAAUAAUUUAAAACACAUUUGUAAAGAAUCCAAACAGAACUUAAGAGGGUUAAAAGAUGGCAACUGGUUGAAGGCAAGAUUGAGAAAAGGCUACUACUCAUGGUCAGAGUUGGAAAUUGAACCCAAGAUUUUUGGAUUGCCAGUCCAAUGUACUGGUCAUUUUUUGGCCUUGUUUUUUCUGAAGUAAUGUUAUUCUAUUUGUUGUCAAGUGUGGCUGUGGAUUGCAAUUCUGAUCAUGAUUAUAAGGAUAGCUCUUGAACUAUUUGUCUAUUAUGCUUAUAGGCUUUGCUACCAUUGGUAAAUGUUCCUCUCCUGGAUUACACUAUUGAAUUUCUUGUUGAAGCUGGAGUCCAGGAAAUUUUUGUCUUCUGCUGUAGACAUGUUGAUCAAAUCAAGAAACAUUUAAGGUGCGUGACAAUUGAGUGGUGAUGGUGAUGGCUCGAAGAUAUUAAAAUAUAGUUUAUUGAUUGAUUGAUUGAUUGAACAAUAGAAAGAGUCUGAGGAAAAUGGCUUUAAAACCUUUUAAAAGUGACUCUUCAUUUAAAGUGUUCUCCUUAUCAGGCAGUAACUGGUAAAAUUUACGGCUUGAAGCAACACUUCUUGCCUCCUGUAACCACUUGAAGUGUUGCUAAAAUUACAUAAGUUGUUUACAAAAUAUGCAAGUUGUGAUCCAAGCCAAUCCCUCACAAGGAAAGAAAUAGGGAAUAAACAAGAGGUAUACACAGCUUUUGUCUAUGAGUACUUUAUUUAAAAUGCUGACUGGUACCUUUCAAAGCAUUGCAGGCGAACAAUUUUUUUGUGGGCUUCUGUCACAAUUCUAGACUUUCUCAACCAGCAGGAAAAGUUUGUGACUUCUGCAACUUGUGUUACUGAAUUGACCCUACUGGUGAAGGCAGCCUUCAUUCAUAAAAUUCUUUGUUUUGAGGUGAUUAAAAUAUUUUUUGGUCAGAUCAAUAAUGGUUGACAGGAUGCUAAAAAAUAAAAGCCUUCGUGAAUGCUAAAGUUAAGAUAUUCAAGACUGUGAAUGAGUGUAGACAGAUUUGCAAAGAUCAGAAACAGACAGACUGCUGAUUUCAAAACAAUUCUUCAUGUAGACCACCCUAAAGGUAUCACUGCAUGAAAAUUACUGCUUUUAUACAGUACAUUGUAUAAAUUGUAACUCUUUAAAAGUAAAUUUUAAAAUUGUUAUAAGUUUUUAACCUCUGAUCUGAAGGCAGAUAGCUUACCAUGCUGAUUUGCCUAAAAAAGGUCUCAUGAAAAAGGAGUGACAUUGAACUUAGCUCCUGAAAUUUUUCUCUUGGGGGUGGGACCAUAACACUUCCCCCCCAACUGUCAAUUAGCAUUUGCAUUUCUUAUUGUCCAGAUUGUGUGUGUUCAUGUUAUAAUUUCUAUUCCAACAACAAUGAUUUGUUUUUGCUUGCCUUUUCUGGCAGUCAAUCAAAGUGGACAAGCUCAAGAAGUCCAUGUGAUGUGAAAACCAUUGUUUUUGAAGAUUGCUUGUCUCUAGGCGAUGCUCUUCGAGAAAUUGACAGACAGGUACAAAAGCAUUAUUGUUACAUGCAAUCAUUUGUUUGUGAGCAAUUGAACUUGAUGACUGAAUAAUUUAUCAACAUUUUUAAGCUUUUUUUAAAUUAAAAUUACCUAUUUGUAAUUCUUUUUUUUUUUGCAGUCUUUUCUCAAGAAUGAUUUUGUUUUAGUAAGUGGUGACAUAGUGUCAAAUAUGAAAUUAGAUCAAGUUCUGAAGGAACACAAGUAAGUUUUGUACAGUGAAUCCCUUGGUAAAUGUACCCCAAUGUUAUGUAUCCCCAUUAAAUGAAUAACUUUUCCAGCCCCCUUACACUGUUGUUAGCAUAAUAUUGGUGCCUUGUCAUAUGAUAACAACAUACAUGUUUAGUAACGUACAUUUUGGUAGUAACAAAUAAUUAUUUUUAGCAUUAUUUUAGGUUAACACUCAAAUGGUAUAAAUUAUUGUUACCAAGUUUAUAAUGGCAUGAGACCCAGUUUUUCUCUUCUUACUCUUUGUGAGCUGUCAGUUAGUGAGGUUGUUGGCCAAUGAGAAUGUGAUAUUUGCCAUUGCUGUCUAGUAGCACCACCAUGCAGUGCUUUCAAUAAGCACCAAUGGUGGAUGAAAAACAUUGGCCUCUUCACUCCUCAGAGAAGUCACCUAUGUACCUUCUUUCCUUGUGGUCACUCACUCCACUUGUACAGUGUAUUUUAAUAAUAUUUAUUAAUAGGCUUUGCUGAGAUGCAUACCUGCACAUGUACAUGUUGUUUUUAGUUGAAAAUUUAUAUAAGAACAGUUUUUUACAACUUGCCCAUCUCCUCUCCUUCCUAAUGUUGUUUAUCGCAGUUAACUCACCAAAUUUUGUAUAUCAAGAGGGAGGGUGUGAAGACAGUAAAGAGUCCCCAACAAUUUUUACCGAGACUGUACGUUGUAGGUCAUCUUUUUUUUUUAACCAGGCAAUUUUUUUAUUUUCUGUGUUGGAGAUCAAUAUUUGUUUUCAAAGAGAUUUUAAUAUUGCCUAUUUAUUCUCCUUAUCUAUCUUCCUUCCUGCCCCAAAGAAGAUUCUUAUUUUGUUAUACAGAGGGUGUGGCUAAGAUAUAAAGAUCCAUGAUAUUGAGCUUCCACUGUAUUAAAAGUGUCCUUUUGAUUGACAGAGACAGACGGAAAAAGGAUAAAUCAUCACUCAUGACGAUGGUCUUUAAAGUUGCUAAUCCUGGACACAGGACAAGGUGUCUGUUAAUUACCUUAACUGAGUCAUUAAUAUUAUUAUUUUAAGUUAUGUUGGAAGGAAAUUGCAAAAAUGACCAUACACCAACCCUGUUACCUUUUUUGUAACCUUUUUUUUCACUUUAAUCUUUGUACAAUUAUCGUAGGUGCCGGGAAGAAGACCUUAUAGUUGCUAUGGAUUCAACAACAGGGAGAAUUCUACACUGUGAUAAGACAGCUAGCAAAAAGCAAUUCUCAUUUCCUUUGGUAAUGAAUUUAUAUUUUUUAAAUUAAUCUUCAAAUGAUUAAAGGGUUAUUAACCUUUUAGGUCCCAAGAGUGACCAACAACAACUUUCUCCAAACAAUGUAAAUUAUACAUAAUAAAGAAAAAUAGUUACGAGAUUUAAUAAAGGGAAAAAUUCUUUGAUCUUUCAUCAAAUUCUCUCAGCUAAUUGCUUAAGGAAAUGAAUGGACAUCAGUCUGGAGAAUUUAAGUGUGGAUAUUAGGUCUUGAAGGGUUAAAUGAAAUAGGUCCAGUGUACACUAAUCCUUGUCAUAAAUUAACAUCAAAUUCUGCCUUUUUUCAUAAGCCAGAGCAAGGCUGUUUGGAAGGAAAAUGUAGAAGCCAGUAAUCACUUAUGGCCUUUUCCCAGGAUUCCCUCUAUUAUUUUUUGUAUUCUUCUUUUCCUCUUGCAACAACUUAAGUACUAACAAUUCAUCAUUAACCUUCUUAAAUGGGACCAGCAGCGUGCAAAGAAAGUCAUGUCUGAUAGCCCAGGGCUAGUGAAUUUAGCUAUCGGGCAAGUGAAUUCUAUUCUUAACCUGCCCAACUGGCAGGUGAGGGUUUUUGUGGAAUUCAAAUCACUGAUGAACUGUUAUCAAUCCUGCUCAUCAAAAUAAUAUAUUUUUUAGACUAGUUAAAAUGACUCUUGGGCUAGUACAUGCUAUCUACUGCUUGCUCAAAUGGCAAGCUGUAAAACUGACUUUCUUUGCACCCUGUCCAGCGACUAAAGGUAGUCAUGAUUCUUUUUUUUUUUUAAAUUUUUUUUGCAGAGUUUAUUCACAGGAAACAAUAAUAUUCAAAUAAGAUAUGAUCUCUUGGACUGUAACAUUUCUAUAUGCUCAACAACGGUGAGUUACCUGUUCUUUUUUAUUUAAUUUUUUUUAUUGUAGUGCAGUUGAACCUGAGUCCAUGAAGGAAGCAUGUACUAACAGGGAUGUCACUAAGAUUUCAAGUUGCUGGGUAAAUACAACAAGUAGGCAGGGAAUCAAACAGCUAGGGAUUUCUUUUGGUUUUAUUUUUCUUCUAUUUUCCUUUGUAACUAGCCAGGGGCCACAUUCAUAAUAGCUGGGGGAAAUUACCAGCCCCCUGCUCUUGAUGACAGCCCUGUACUAAGCAGCCACUUGCUAUUGAUUGGGCAGUAAUUGAAGUAACUAUAAAAACCUCUAUCACGUGGCCACCUCCAUUGAGCAACCCCGCCCACCAUUUUUCCUUCCCAAUGAGAGUUCUCCUUUUGUUGUCACCUCUAUUAAGUGGCCAUCAAGGGCGUGAUACUCUUAGUUUGGUUUUAUUUUUAAAAUAUAAUGAAGGAAAAUACAAUUCCGAGAUACAUGUAGUAGGUGACGACCAAUUGUGGACCAGUAAUGACACUCUUAUCACGUGCUUGUUUCAAAAUAAGGUGAUGUUUGUGCUAAAGGUUAUGCUAAUUUAUGACAAAGCUCUAUUGGGCGGCCAAUGCAACCUCCAUUAAGCAGUCACUUGUUUAGACACCACGUGUGGCUGGUUAAUAUAAUAUAGAGGUUCAGCCGCACGCGUAAAAGCUAUCUGAAUAAAAUUAUAAUUAUUUGUUGUUCAAAAAAGUCCAUUUUGCUGUUGCUUCUUAGGUUCCACAGUUGUUUACAGAUAAUUUUGAUUACCAAACUAGAGAUGACUUUGUCAGAGGAAUCCUUGUAAAUGAAGAGGUAAGGCUCUUUUUCCUUAUUACCGACAUUGUUAUUAUCAGGGGCGUAGCCAGCCUAUCAACCUGUAGGCCCUGGCCUUCAAAUUUUUGGUUUGAUCACUCUACUGCUUGUAAUAAAUGCAUUCUUGGGGUGAGCUAAAAAGGUUAAGAGCUCAAAGUGUUGGCAAGGUUAGUGUGUACUAGUUAUGCAUGCAAUUUUCAGGAUGUGUGGAAAUGAAAGUCAGCCAGGCCUACAACUAGUUGAAAAGCUGGUUCAAAGCUGAUUAAUAUUAUAUUAUGUUGAAGAUGGGCUGUGGGCCCAGAUAGUGGGGCACAGAAAAUACAAAUUUACAGCUGUAGGCUGAUUUAACUUUCAUUUUAAAGUUUUAUGUUGAUUUUAAAUGCAAGGAAUUAAUUUUGUUCGGCGCAAUUGUGUAUUUGUGUUAAUAUUGGUACAUGUAUAAAAUGUACAGUAAGAGCAUUCAAAUACUGGUAACACAAGAAAAUGUCAAAUUCCCUGCUUUCCCUUUCUAUUUCCCUGCAAAAAUGCUUCAAGAAUUACAUGUAGUCUCAGCUCUGUGCAUUGUUGUUGCUGAGGGAUGCUUAGUUGUAUAUUUUUUAACUCUGCUGAUAUGUAAACCACACACUUCUCUGAUUGCAGUUCUUUUUGUGUGCAAUAAAAUUUUCGUUUUGUUCAUAUUUGUCACAAUAUUUUUCUUGUUUUAGAUAAUGGGCAAUCAGAUUCAUUCAUUUCUUAUAAGCAACAAGUAUGCUGCUAGAGUUUCAAAUCCUUACAUGUACGAUACUGUCAGGUGAGUGAACUGUCUUUGAAUAAAAUUGAUUCACACAUUUUAGUUUCAAUACACAGUGUUUUUUCAGCUGUAAAAUUUCCAUUUCUGCCUUGAAUUCCUCUUUACUUGUAAUGGGUAUGGACUUUGGAAAAUAUGUCAUUGAUUUGUGUAACAUUCAUUAAGAACUGUGCUUGGUUGAGAUGGACACCCAAGUUGUCUAUUGGCUUCCACUUUUGGCAAAGCCAGCUCUUUGACGGUAUGUUACGUGCCAUUGUAAUAAUUGGAAUUUGUAAUUUGUUUAUCCACGGAGCACUUAGGAGUUCUUAAGAACUCGUUGAAACGUGUCCAUGCAUUCCAGAUUGAAUUGGAAUUUGGAAGUGCUGGUUUUCGAGGAAAGGGAAAAACUGUACUACCCUGAGAAAAACCUCUUGGAGCAAGGAAGAGAACCAACAACAAACUCAACCAACAUAUGGUGUUGACGCCAGGAUUCGAACCUGGGCCACAUUGGUGGGAGGCGAGUGCUCUCACCACUGCGCCACCUUUGCUCCCCCAUACCUUCCAGUCAUGAGCCCCCACGCCAAUGGAACCAGGCACCUGUCACACUGAUUAACAGUGGAAAAAUAAAAUGGGGUAGAGGUGGGGGUAAAUGCACAAUCCAAAGGCUAUAUGAAGUGAAUGAACCACAAAAAAUAAAUGUUGUGCUAUUGUAAACGCACGACCGUGCAUGAGCCACUAAACUGACCACUGACCCAGUAGACUACAGGGCUGUCAAAAAGUGUUUAAGUAGCAGGCUGAUAAUGAAUAGUAGGCGGCUUUGGAACUUGCACCAAAGGCGCAAGGUCUUGAGGGCUGAGGUAUCUAGGGACAUUUUGAAAUUUAGAGUCUCGGAAAUGCCAUUUCCAGGGGUUUUCAAGAGGUAUUUUUCACCGCCAACGCCAUGUUGUUUCAUCAGAAUACAUGCUAGACCAGGAACAAUACUGUUGAGAUGUCCCCACUAGAAGCGUUCCACGACGUCGGAUGGUUCAAACGUUUCACGGAUCUAAACCCGUUUACAUAUGCGUUCAAUGUCAUUCAAAACUGGGAAACAGAUGCUUUACAAAUUUUAUUCAAUGGUGCUUAUUUUUUGUUAGCAGUUAUGGUACAAGGAGAUGACAGUAACCUGACUAAAGGAUGGCUAACUAGCCGGCACUUUUGGCCAGCCACUGGCCCUUAUUGACAGCCCUGUCGACUGACAACACUAGGAGACAGCACUCCUUGUUGUUAACUGUGUUAAAUUUCAUGUAUGACAUUGUUUACGCGGUAAAUUUCAAAAUUCUUUAUUUGCAUCCAUUAUUUAAUUAAUUGUAUUAUUUUAUUAUUGUAUUCUAUAACUGCAGCAAAGACAUCCUGAGUAGAUGGGCGUAUCCAAUAACUCCUGAUAACAGUGUGUUUUUUAUGGAUUUUUCGUUUUCAUUUGCACGGCACAAUGUUUACUUGGACAGUGAGUUAUCAUUAGCUAGGUAAGUGGGAUUAUUAAAAUGUUACAUACAUUAUUCAUUCAUGUGAGAAAAAGAAGUCAUACUGUAAGUCACAGUGAAUCUUUGGAUUUUUACAAUCCUUGUUAAUUGUGAAACUGCAGUUGUUACCAUACCAGAGGGCAAGUUGAAUUAAUUUGCACUCAGACAGUCCUCUAAGCUCAACGUUUUUCAAAGUCACCUUUUAGUGACUUAAAUUAUACUUAAAAAUGUUUGCCUGUUAUAACAUGCCGGUUGCCAGAGGAAAGGACACAGUUACUCAAGCUGCGUUCGUAGCAGAUUUACAUGUAAAAUAAGGGGUAUACCCUUACACCCUUGUCACAAAUGGCAACAAUUCUUUUAUUUUUCUAGAGACUGUGUGUUAGAAGAAAAUCUAUUAAUCAGUAAAGGGACUUCAGUGGGAGCUGGAACUGUCAUCACAAACUCUGUAAUAGGCAGAAAUUGUGUAAUAGGUAAGAUACUGUAAUUACUAUGGUCACAUGUACCGGUAGUCUGAGUGGUAUAAACCUUUACUAAAUUGACUCAGAAAACUUUACUAUUCCUAAGGAUCAACAUUUUUAUUCACCAUGGAUUGAUUAUUAGUUUUCCUAACAAUAACAACAUAAACUCUAGUUUUGUCAUUAUGUGGUUGUUGUGUUGUUAAUUUUAGGUGACUUUGUUCAGCUUGAUGGUGUACAUCUCUGGGAUAAUGUGAGAAUUGAUGAUGGGUCCAAAAUAUCCAAAUCAAUUGUGUGUACGAAUGUUCAUAUUAAAAGGUACUUUUUAUAAUUAGCCAGAGAAAACAGCCGACAUUUGGCGACACUACCACUGAGUUUCCCCGCCAAAUGCCGUCUGAGAAGCGAGUGCAAAAGUUCUGUACUGAUGAUGCGUCACUACCCAGAUCUGGGUGGUGUUUCUGAUUGGUUGAAUCAAAUUUCCCAUGUGGCAUGACCAAUGAGAAGCACUACCCAGAUCUGGGUAGUGACGUGUCAUCAGUAUGGAAUUUGUGCACUCGUUUCUCAGACGUCAUUUGCCGUGGAAACCAGUGGUAGUGUUGCCAAAUGUCGGCUGUUUCGUCAGGCUAGUUUUUUGCAAAUGUAUUUUAGUUUAAUUGUUUACGAUAAUAAUUAUGUUGAGGUAUUUUGUUAUCAGGUGAUAUUUCAUAAAAAUUCAAUACCGUACAUUAAGUUCUGCAUAUCAGGAUAAUUAUAAGAUUGCAAUCUUCCAGGUUUACACUGUGCACCAACUCAUCAUCAUAGUUUAAAUUUGGCAAUCAAUUCUGUUUAGAUACUGAAUAGAUUGAGAACGGAAGCAACAUUUUACUUCUCCAUAUAUUUAAAUUCAUAGUUUGUUCAGACUAUCGGCUAUGCAAUUUUGAAUUUGGCGAAUAGUUCUAUUUUGUUUGGAUAUUAUUGAGAAUGGAAACAACACUGUACUUCUCCAUACACUUAACUUUUCUUUUCCGUAUGCACUAAUGGCUAUACAGUGAUAGGAAGAAGGAAGGAAUCUGUAUCCCCUGUGAUACCUUUUGGGCUCUGUCAACGAGGUUUAAAGUAUAGCUUAACAUUAAAGUAUAAACUGACAAUUAAGAAUACAUAGCUGGUCUGACUUUCUCCCCUUGGCCUGUAUCGAAACACCAUAACUUCUCAAAAGCAAUGGCAUUUCAUACUGUCACAACAUUUUGGUCCUACUAUCCCCAGAAAACUUACAAUCAAACUACAUGUGACUUGUUGUCAGCGAGGCAAUAUCAAUAAUACUGGGAAAAGGGUUGGUGAAGAAACAAUUAUUUUCUGUAUUGAAUUUACAUCAGAUGUACUAGAGAAGACUUGUGAGUUUCGAAGAGGUCUGGCCUCCACUCAUGGAAAUUUGAAAAUCUGAACUCUCAUAUUUUCAAAGAAAUGUAUGCUGCAAGGGCUGUAGCUGUUGGCCGCGCAUUCUUUGUUAGAAUUUAAGACUUCAAUCUCUUCUACUUUCUUGGUUUUUAGCAGAUCAGCAUUGUACCACUAGUAAAUGAGUACAUAUCUUAUGUUAUACAUGUAAAUGAGCAGCAGUGAUUGUUGAAGUUAAAACUGGAGAUAGAGAUAGGUGUGUGAUAUAGAUAUUAUUAUUACAUUAUGUACUUUAAAAAAAAACGUACUUUAUAUUUUCCGUAUUUUAUAGACAGUCUCUGAUUGCUUUUUAUUUAAAUACUGUUGUAUCUCUCCUUGUUGUAGGAAUGUUACAAUCACAACAGGAUCAUUGAUUUCAUUUAAUGUAAGUCAUAGGUGCAGUAAAAUGUAAUAAUCAUAUUAUUAGAUUUUAAUUUACUGAAUUGGCUGACUAAUACUCUCUAAAUAUCACUGUUUUUUGUCCAGGUUGUGAUAGGACCCGAUAUAGUCCUUCCUCCCGGUGUGAAAAUAACACUAAAAAGACAGACAGAAGGCGAUGACUUUGGAAUGGAUGGACUUUCUCUUGAAGACAACCAAAGCGUAGGUAGGGUUCUCUCUUCUUAUUAACAUAUUUAAGGUUUCACUUACUUGCAAAGGCACUGGUCUUUUAGGCAAAUAACUUAAUUAUAGUAAAAUAAUAAUAAUAAUGCGAAUAUUUAUACAGGAUAACCUUCAGUUCUAUUUAAAAACGACUGUUAUCAAAAGGGUCCUGUAACUAAAUAAUAGAUAACUAAAAAAUAAAAAAUAAAAUCGAACGUGGAAAAUAAAAGAAACUAACACUAAGAAAUCUAAGAUUCAAAAAUCAGCGACAACUGUGACAACAGUGAAAAAAGCGAAAACAGUGACAACAGUAACAACACAGACAACAGCGACAACAGCAACAACAGCGACAACAGUGACAACGGCGACAACAGCAACAACAGUGACAACAGAGACAACUGAGACAACUGAGACAACAGCAACAACAGUUACAACAGUGAAGACAGCAACAACAGUGACAACACCAACAACAGUGACAAGUGACAGCAGCAAUAACAGUGACAACAGCGACAACGACGACAACAAUGGCAACGGUGACAACCAUGAGUACAGCGACAACAGUGACAGCAGCAGCAACACCGACAACAGUGACAACAGCGACAGCAGCGACAACAGCAACAACAAUGACAACAGUGACAACAGUGACAACAGAGACAACACCGACAAGUGACAAAAGUGACAACAGCGACAAUAGCGACAACAGUGACAACAGUGACAAAAAGCGACAACAGCGACAACAGUGACAACAGCGACAACAACAACAACAGUGACAACAGCGACAACAGCGACAACAGUCACAACAGUGACAACAGCAACAACAGUGACAACAGUGACAAAAGCGUCAACAGUGACAACAGUGACAACAGCGACAACAGGGACAACAGCGACAACAGCAACAACAGUGACAACAGUGACAAAAGAGACAACAGCGACAACAGCAACAAUGGUGACGACAGCGACAACAGUCACAACAGUCACAACAACGAAAACCUCGACAACAGUAACAACAGUGACAUCAGUGACAACAGCGACAACAACGACACAGUGACAACAAUGACAACAGUCACAACAGCGACCACAGAGACGACACCGACAACAGCGACAACAGCGACAACAGCGACGACAGUGACAACACCGACAACAGCGAAAACUGCGACAACAACGGCAACAGUGAAAACAUUGACAACAGUGACAAUAGCGAAAACAACGACAAAUGUGACAACAGCGACAUCACCGACAACAGCGACAACAGUGACAACAGCGACAACGACAACAUUGACAACAGGGACAACAACGACAACAGUGACAACAACGACAACAGUGACAACAGCGACAACAACGACAACAGUGACAAUGCUGACAACAGCGACAACAGUGACAACAGCGACAACAACAACAACAGUGGCAACAUCGACAACAGCGACAAUAGUGACCACAGUGACAACAGCGACAACAGCGACAACACCGACAACAGUGACAACAGCGACAACAGCGAAAACAGCGACAAAAAAGACAACAGUGAAAACAGUGAGAACACCGACAACAGCGACAACAGUGACAAUCGCGAAAACAGCAACAAAUGUGACAACAGCGACAUCACCGACAACAGUGACAACAGUGACAAGAACAACAAGAGAGACAACAGCGACAACGACAUCAGUGACAACAGUGACAACAGGGACAACGACAACAGUGAUAACAGUGACAACAACGACAGCUGUGACAACACCGACAACAGCGACAACAGUGACAACAGCGAAAAGAGCGACUACAGUAAUAAAAGUGACCACAUCGACAAAAGCAACAACAGCGACAACUGUGACAACACCGACAACUGUGACAACAGUGAAAACAGUGACAACACCGACAACAGUGACAAGAGCGACAACGACAUCAGUGACAACAGGGAGAACACCGACAUCAGUGAGAACAACGACAACAGUGACAACAGUGACAACACCGACAACAGUGAGAACCGUGACUAUAGCGAAAACAACGACAACAGUGAAAACAGUGACAAAUGUGACAACAGCGACAUAACUGACAACAGGGACAACAGUGACAACAACGACAACAGCGACAACAUUGACAACAGGGACAACAACGACAACAACAACAUCGACAACAAUGACAACAGUGGGAACACCGACAUCACCAACAACAGUGGCAACAGCGACAACAGUGACAACAGUGACCAAAGAGGCAAAAGAAACAACAGUCAAAGCAGCGGAAACAGCGACAACGGUGACAACAGGAACAUUGGUGACAACAGCGACAACCGUGACAACGACGACAACAGUGAUAACAGUGAAAACACCAACAACAGCGACAAUAGCGACAAAAGUGACAGCAGGGACAACAGCGACAACAGUGACAACAGCGACAACGGCGACUAUUUUGACAACAGCGACAAUAGUGACAACAGUGGCAACAGCGACAACAGUUACAACAGUGACAACAGCGACAACAGGGAAAACAGUUACAACAGAGAGAAUAGCGACAACAGUGACAACAGCGACAACAGCGGGAACAUUGACAACAGUGAGAACAGCGACAAAAGUGAGAGCAGUAACAACAGCAACAACAGUGACAACAACGACAACAGUGACAACAGCGACAACAGUGACAACAGCGACAACAGUGACAGCACUGAGAACAGUGAUAGCAGUGAUAAUAUUGACCUCAACGACAAGUGAUAAUAGUGACAACAGUGACCAGAGCGACAAUAGCGACAACAGUAACAACAGUCACAACGUCGACAACGGUUACAACAGUUACAACAUUACCAACCGCGACAACAGUGACAACAACUACAACGGUGACAACAACGACAAGUGACAACAUUUACAACAGUGACAUCAGUAACAACAGCGACAACGGUGACUACAGCGACAACAAUGACAACCGCGACAACAGCGAUAACAGUGACAACAGGGACAAGAGCCACAACAGCGACAACAGUGACAACAGUGACAAUAGAGACAACAGCGACAAUGGUGACAACAGUUACAACAUUGACAACCGCGACAACAGCGACAACAGCGACAACAGUGAGAACAGCGACAACAAUGACAACGGUGACAGCAACGACAAGUGACAGCAUUUACAACAGCGACAUCAGUAAGAACAGCGACAACGGUGACUACAGCGGCAACAGUGACAACCGCGACAACAGCGAUAACAGUGACAACAGGGACAAGAGCCACAACAGUGACAACAGCAACAACAGCGACAACAGUGACAACAGUGUUAACAGUAACAAUAGCGACAACAGUGACAACAACGCUAGCAGCGACAACAGUGACAACAGCGACAUCAGCAACUACAGUGACAACAGCCACAACAGUGACAACAACGACAAGUGACAACAGUCACAACAGGGACAACAGCCACAACAGCAACAACACUGACAACUGUGACAACAACGACAACAGUGACAAGAGCAACAACAGCAACAAAAGCGACAACAGUGAUAACAGCGACAACAGCAACAACAGUCACUACAGUGACAACAGUGACAACAGCGACAACAGUGACAGCAGUGACAACAGCGACAACAGUGACAACAGCCAGAACAGUGAGAACGACAACAGUGACAACAUUAACAACAGCAGCAACAGCCACAACAGUGACAGCAGUAACAACAGCAACAACAAAGAGAACGGUGACAACAACAACAACAGUGACAACAAUGAUCAUUUCUGGGUAAAAUCUUAUCAUUGGCGUAAGUUUGUUUUUGUUUUUAUGUCGCAGGCUUUAACCCUGAUGUAGUAGGCACUGAGGGACAAGGGUUUAUUUGGGAGGCUGGCGGUGACUCUGAUGAUGAACGGGAGCAAGUCGGGGAUAUCUGGGGUGAGUGAGAGAAGCAACUGCUAUCGCUCUUACAGUAAUGUUACGAGUAGCCUUUGUUAUUUCUCAUAUGUAUUAGACCUUAAUCACCUUAACGACCUUAACGAAAAACGGUAAAACGGCCGAGAUGCUCAAACGGUUGCUUGAUUGUACCCGAGCACGAUGAUACAUUAAAGUUUCUUGUUAUGUUUUUUCGUGUAUGUUGAAGUAUCGAUCUUCACGUUGUAAACAGCCAGCUAUUUUAGUCAUGUUGUUAUCUCUGCCUUUUGUCGUAAACUCUCUAGUAGCAGCAGGACAGCAGGUAAAACACACAGACGGUGGAAUAUCGUCUCUUCGAGGAAAGGCGAGGCGCGCAUCAUCUGUUUUUCACUUGCGCCAGUAAAUGUAUUUUGCAAAAACUGAGAGUUGUAAGAGUCCUUUUACGUAAUAGUGAGCUUUAGAUUUGAGUAAGAGUGGGACUUCCGAAUUUCAAACCAGUUCUUUCCCACUCAUUAGCCUGCGAAGCAAGCGUUUCUGCUCGAUUUACUCUCUUUUUUGCUCUAUUUUCAACUUUCUCGACUAACUCGCUAGCAGAUGCUUUCUCCGCGUAGACUACCCACUCAAUCCUCUUAUAAUGGUAAUCAGAACAUGGAGUGACAUAUACAUGCAAAGGGGACCAAAGAGGGAACCAUUGUGUCUCGGGUUUAAGUCUCGGCAUCGACUGAAUGUGUGUUGAGUUUAUUAUUGGCUCUCGCCUUUUGUAGGGUCAGGUUCUUCCUUUUACCCCUUUCCUCAAAAAUCAGCAUUUCCAAAUUCCAAUUCGGUCAGAAAUCGUAGACAAAGAAGCACAUUGUGAACGUGCUCCUCGGAAAUCAUUACCUAGUCAUUUAUUACUUUUUUAUAGCUCACAGAGAGCGUUUAUGUGAACUUAGUGGCAUGAAUGCGAAUAGGUGACGUUGUAUUCACUGGCGUUUAUAGGUAUAGAGAGGAUAAGCUCCAGUGAAGAUGAGGUAAGCUCAGAAUUCAGUGAAGACCAGUCUCCACCUGGAAGCCCACCGCCUGAAGACGGCAGAUGUGAGUACUAGUUUAUGAUAUUUUAUUGGUAAGCUUCGCAAAAAGCCCUUCAAUCCGGCUUAGUGUCCUUAAAAUGUCCUGCUUGUUGACGGACGAUUGCUGUGAUCGUGAAAAUUGCGAGCGUUCGAAUCCCAGCGUUUAUCAUUUUUCCCAGAAUUCAAUGCACUCUAGUAAGGUAAUGACGUCAGGUCCAGCAUUUUUUGUAGGCGACUGAGCGCUCAGUUGGUGUUUUAUGGAAACAAGUCAAUCGCGCUGAACGUUUCAGGACGUUAGGGACGAGCCUGACGAUCCUAUGGAAAUCAGACUUUUCUUGUAGAACUUUCAGUGUAAUUUGGCGACCAGGGGUCAAUUUAAUAAAACUUUUACUAGUGUAAUUUACAAUUGUAGCCAUUGUUUUCAGACUCGAAAACAAUGGCUACACUUGUAAACUGACCCCAGAUAAUGAGGUCUUCAAUGAAACUACUUUUGUAGUCGAGUUUGCAAAUUGUCAAUGUAUAAAUAUUUGCGAAGACAUGGCGUUUAAUUUGCGAUUAUUUAACUAACGUCCAGUAAGCCCCCAAAAAAAUCGAUUAAAAGAAUAUUGUCAGACAAUGUAGGUAACAAGGUAUUUUGAUAACUAUGGUUCACUCUGCUGUUUUUACUCCAGUGUUCUAUACUGAAGUGCUGGAGUCCAUAAGGCAUGGAGUCGCUAAUCACGUGGAUCCUGAGAACAUCAUACUGGAGGUUAAUGCGUCUAAGUAAGUCAAUUCAAUCAGUUAAUAGUACAGUCAACUACAGUCAACUCCAGACACCGUUUCUCUCGUGGUCUUUUUCCUUUCACUGGGACUGUGUUCUGCAGGUGAAAGUAACAGCCUUGCCCAUGGCUUUUAGAUCUUGUUUAACUUUAGCAACUUUACUUCGUGUUUAAAGCCCCUGCAGAGAACGUGUUUUAAGGUUCUGGCGUUGUAGAGAGUCCUGUUAAUGUGUGGAUGGAAGGCUGUAAUGGAGAAAAACAUUUCCGUUUUAAAACAAUAUCCGGACACGUUAGGACGGGUCCCUAAUCAAGGACACAGUACGGGUUUCUGGUGAAAUUUGUGCACGGUAGGCGUGGCGGGAUUCGCAGGUAGACAGAUCACUGCCAUAUAUUCAAUGCAACCGAUUGUUACUUCGUUGGUAUACUUUGACAUACGCUCAAGGAAUGAUUAUACGUUUCUGGGAAACUGACCACCUCACCCCCCCCUCACCCCCCACCCCUAAGCCAACAUUUUGCCCUCAUUGACAAGUAAGUGUUAAUGUUGGCUUAGGGGAGGGGUAGGUGGGCAGUUUCCCAGAAACGUAUAACGAUCCCGCUCAAAUUGGUUUUUGUUCAUCAGUGAAUUGAGAGUCUUUAAUAUUUACUUUGUCCGGAAAUCAUGUCUGACCACAUCGAAGAUUUUUUUGGACGCGGGUCAUUUUUUGUCGGACUUUUCCCGAUGACCGACUGUUACUUGCAACUCUGCUGAUAAGGUGGAUAUUGUUUCGUAAGAAGCAAACUCGUUACCAGGGUACAUGUAUACAUCUACUCGUUCCCUUCUCUCGCCCCGGGGGACGAGUAAGGAGAGGAUCCUGGAACUGAGGUUGGGUGUGAAGCUGUUUAAAGGGACAGGUUGACGGUUAAACGCAUGCUCAUUAAUUAAAUAACUUUUUUUCAAUUUAUUAUUUAUUCUAUCGGUUAAUAAUCCCUUUCACAUGUAUCUCAGCGAUCUCAAAGUGUAUUUCAAAGUAGAAGUGUAUGUCAGAGCAACCUGUAGGAGGAUGGAGGAUUAUUAAAAUCGCAGAAAAAAUUAGUGGAUUAUGCCAACACUACCAACGUUGAAUUUAUUGUUGACCCGAAGGUUUUAUUUCAUGGUUGAUUAAUUUACAGCUAUUUGCAAAUAUUUCAGUUGAUCAAGUGCAAGUGACUGCCAGGGGAGUGUGCAGAUUGGUCAUUGACAACAUUAUGACAUGAUCAUAUUGCUUGCAUAGACGAUACAGCAUGUCCCGGCGGCAAAACAGCAUUUUGAUAAAUAAGCAUGCCCCGAACCGAGAACCUGUCUCUUUAAUAUUAGUGUAGUUUGCUUGCUUUUAAAUAGACCUCUUUAGCUUGUGUGUUUUGUUUUCCCAGUAAAGGCUCCGGGGGAACUUGACUUCAUAAAUUAUGCGUACAUAUGCACGUGAACAAAACGAAAUUUGAAAGAAACAGUUCACUAGAGUAUCAUCACAUGACUUUUAUUGGGAAAAAAAAACAUACAAGCUAAAGAGGUCUAUUGUAGGUCAACCAUCUGUUCACCGUGCGAGCAAAGCCCCUUUUGUCUCCUUGAAUGAGGAAUAGAAACCAAGCUCUGCCUAAAUCGCGAUCAGCCUUUGAAGUCGCCGAAGCCCGAACUCCUGGACUAGUCAAAUCUUGUUCUCUACCGCCAAACUUGCUUUUCGAGUGCGAUCGUCGGUUUACACAAUAAACCGAUGGUCAUAACGGAGCCCUCUGUACCCAGCGCAUGGCUAUUAGGCCUGGGUUCGAAACCGUAUCCCAGCAACAAGCAGCACAUGCUCAAUAAAAAUGUUGCGCGAGUAAAAAGGCUCUGUUAGUAGGGUUUUUGGAAGUCAUUGUCAUGGUACGUAAUGUAAACUCAUGCUUCCUGUGUUGUUACUGCAGGUUCGCUUAUAACGUGACGUUUCAUGAGUUAAACCAGGCAGUGAUCAAGUCUUUACUGGAAUCGUCACUGCAUGAUUCCUCUUUAUCGAAACAAGAUAUGUCCAAAAAUCUUAAAAAGGUACAUUGUGUCAGUUAACCUGGGGUGAUUACCAUUUACUAAAACCACCCGGGCGAAAUCUUGCGCUUAAACAUAAAACUGUCAAGGGACGUGGUGGGAAAACGAUCCGCUACCACAAAGUAUAUCCAAAUCAGCUUAACAGUCCAUAUUGUCUGAAGCUUCCCAAACGGAAUGGCGCGAACCAUUUGAUUUUCCAACCGGAACUUUCGGUUUUCCCAUGAUAAUGGUAAGUACCCCCAGUUAUUUUCUGUUCUUAUCGGAGAGAAAUUCCUUUCCCCCUUCCCCCAAUCAGUUUUUAACGGCGUGGCUUAACUUCUGUGCAACACAGACUUUAGCGAGGGUUUGCGAGAUACGUGUUUCUUAGGAUUAAUCUAGCCAAUAACGCGUCUUUAUGCGCUAAGGAACUUAACCUUAGCGAAGAAUUUACUUGUAAAUGAUCAAAUCACAGCUUUGUAUCAAGCAAAUAUCUGUCCCAAAGAAUUAUAUCAAACGUUAUAAACAACUAAAAUGAACUUUGAAAAAUUGUUUGGCUAACAAGUUUUUAAAACCCGCAAUUGUCAUCCUUUUUAAUCUUCUUCAAGUUUGUCCAUCCGUGCCUUCCUAUUAAUUUGCUGUGUAAUUUAUUAUUUCUUUUAAUAUUUUAAAGAGUUUUAGUGUUAUUUUAAAGAGUUUUAGUGUUAAAAUCAAUUUGGUGGAAACUCCCACUGUUUGAAUUUUGAUAAUUUCGUGACACAGCUUCUGUAACUUUCUUACAUGGCCUUCAUGUUACAAGUCCCAAAAUCAGUGUUUUUCUGUCACGAGUUGUUGCCGGACUCUUGAGCCUGAAGGUGAGAGUUGUUUCAGCUAACUGUUUCUAUUGCAUUUGUUUUCAGGCUACAGAGCAUCUUCUGCCGAUCGUUUCCAACUACAUUAAGACGGCUGAUAGUCAAAGAGAUGCAUUGAACGCCACAGAGGUAACAAAGAGUUUGUGUGAAGCACAAAACGCACUUUCAAAGUUCGAGGCAAACCAGCCGGAUUGACCAGUUCCAAAAGAUUUUGUGUUGCUUGAGAGCUAUUAGAUAAUCUAUUUAAAAUUUUGAUGCAAAUUCUAGUUUUAUUUAAACCUCCUUAAAUGUCCUGAUUGUACGUAUUUGAUGUUGCAGUGUCUUCUACCAUAGUUAAACUAUUUCUUGUAUAGCUGGGAUAGGUCUCUUCUCUAACUUACUUUAGACGCUCUGCAUUACCAUAUUCCGUACCUUGUAUGAUGUUUCCGUUCCCUUCCAAAAAAAAAAGUGAUUUGUCAUUUCGCGGUGAAUUAAAUCGGUGUUAAUACGCUAACCUGGGAUUUCGUUGACCUUGUCACGGAAAUGCUCGGUAACUCCCUUUGUGGUUUUCGUCCCUGACAUUUAACUGAGGUUUCUGGCUUGUCGAUUUACCAGGUUUCAGUUGUUCCAAAGUUGGAUGCAGCUUUCUAGCGGAUAGGUCCUUGAUAGACCAUUCUCAUGCCUACGUCAUUUUGGCUUCAACUACCACACUUCAUUUCGUUUUUUCACUUCCUGUUUCAAUUGAGUAAUACUAGGCAGAUUCAGUAACAAAAGAGGUCUUGAAGGAGUGAGCAGAUCAGUGCCGGAUACAGACCUCGAGAUAAGGGGAGGGGCCCGGUCAUCCAGACCCUUAGAUACGGGGAGGAGAGGGAGGGGGAGGUCUCCAAAAACUUUUUUUGGGCCCUUCGGGCCUCAGUUUGGUAAAAAAUAUGAGGGCGGGGCACCCGGGGCCCCUCCCCUGGAUCCGCCACUGCAGAUGGCCUUUUCGUUUCUCAGACCGUUAUCCACCGAAUGAUUUAUCCGGUAGAAAGUGCUAUCCAACUUAGCUCAACUUUGAACCACCUGGACAAGGAAUCUAAUCGCACUAGAUGUUUUGCCUCGCGAAAAAAUUGUCAUCUUUAUUAUGUACAUUAAUUAAUGGAGAGUUGCAGCCUCAACUAUUUUCAUUUUUGUAUUUGUUUUUGUUAGGAGUUUUUCCUGCAAGCCAUGUGGGCAGCUCCUGUGUCCCAGAUUUUCCUUCACUAUUUGUACGAUAAAGAAAUCCUUGAAGAGUCUGUGAUUCUUCAGUGGUUUUCCCGGAAGUCCACAGGAGUAGAUGACAGCGGUCUCGAACCACAGCGUAAGCAUUUGCGACAACAGGUACGUCAGCGACUAUGCGAGUGUAUUAGCGAGUUUAGAGUGUUUUCUUUUGUAAUUAAUGCGUUAAUGCGUAUAUGUUGUGCUAACCAUUAGAGCUUUGGAACACUAAAAAGGUUAACUCUAAAUAGUUGCCAGUCAUUUUCUACUCUUAGCUUUCUUGGAUCAACUCGCAAAGGUGACUGGGGUCUUUGUCGAUUCCAAAGAAUGAGUAAUGCCCCAUUCAGACCAACUAAACAUGUUUAAUUUAACCAGGUUUUAAGAAUGAAAAACAGACGCGGAAGACUGGAACACAGGUUUUCACACAGGAUUGAAAUGAAAUUCAACGUGGUUUGUUAUUUGCAAUAAAUUUGCAAUCAACUUAAGUCAGUAGACAGCUUUUAUGAAGGAAACAAUUUUCAACGGUGUUUAAUUAAACACGACAGCUUUUAAAUACGUCUAAGCUUUGUUGUGAAUGGGGCUUGUGUCUUGCCUAUAUCAUUAAAGAAAGAGACUACCCGCAAAGAAAUAGUUACGUCGGAGAAGAAAUAGCUCGUUCUCUGACACAGAUUUUUUCCUGCCUUUGUUUUGCUUGUUUCUUUUUUCCUUUUCUAUGAGGAGCUCUUCUCACUGGGGGCUAUGUUAAGAGUUACUUACUCCAACCAGACUAUUUAGCACUAUGUCCGGGUUCGAUUCCAAGCCGCGCUUACACUCAGGGUCUGGAAAUAACUGAGGAGAAUAUGCUGCCUUUGUUCUGUUAUUUACAAAUGAUUAGACAUUUCGUGUCUUCUUCAAUAAAGACGAGAAACUUUCACUCCCAGUGAUAUGGCUUCUGCUUUUCAUAAAGAGUAGGGCACUAAGACCCCGCUAGUGAGGUCAACCUUAAGCUGCUAUGACACUGCCUCCUUGAGUGCAAACCGAUUCAAGACUACUUGUCUAUUGUUCGGUUGACAGAUCUCUCCAUUUAUUACAUGGUUACAAGAAGCAGAAGAAGAAAGUAGUGAAGAUGAUGAUGAUGAUGAUGACGAGGACGAAUGA